AUGGCAUUCUCCAAGCUAGCUACCGUAUCAACUCUUCUUGUAUCUGCCUCCCUUGUUGCAGGCCAUGGCUACGUUUCCAGUAUAGUAGCUAACGGCCAAAACUAUACCGGCUAUCUUGUCGACAAGUAUCCGUACAUGACAAACCCUCCCCAAAGUGUCGGCUGGGCGACAACAGCCACAGACCUCGGUUUCGAAGACGGCACCGAAUACCAAGCGCCGAACAUAAUAUGUCACCGGAAUGGAGUCAACGCCGCGCUGAGCGCUACCGUUACCGCAGGCUCCAACAUCGAUAUUCAAUGGACACCCUGGCCAGACUCUCACCACGGCCCAGUCAUCACAUAUCUGGCUGCAUGCAAUGGAGACUGUAGCACAGUCGACAAAGCCACUCUGGAGUUCUUCAAGAUUGAAGAGAAGGGUCUCAUCGAUGGGUCUACUCCACCGGGCACAUGGGCUACAGACCAGCUCAUCGCUGCUGGGAACCGGUGGACAGUUACAAUCCCCUCGACUAUUGCUGCCGGUAACUAUGUGAUGCGCCAUGAGCUUAUCGGUCUUCACUCUGCAGGUCAAUUGAAUGGGGCUCAGAAUUACCCGCAGUGUAUCAACUUGCAGGUAACUGGGGGCGGUAGUGCUACUCCUGCUGGCACACUCGGUGAGGCGUUGUACAAGAAUACUGAUGCUGGCAUCUUAUUUAAUCUGUACACUACGCUGACCAGCUAUCCUAUUCCGGGCCCUGCUUUAUUCUCUGCUUGA